CUCGCCGUGCCCCUGUCCUGCCAGGCGACCGAGCUGCUGGAGGCCAUCCUGGAGGGGUACCCCAAGAGCAAGAAGCAGUUCUUUGAGGAGGUUGGGAUCGAGACGGACGAGGACCAUAACGUCACGCUGCCGGCAGCCGUGUGA